UAGCAUGACAAAGUUGUAGCUAGUAUACAACAUGCACGAGGUUUAAACCACACCCUGCAUAGCUGCUAUCCUCGUAGCCUACUGGCUCUCCCACCCCGCACUCAACAGACAUUCAUUGCGCGGUAAUAUCCCAUGCACGUUGAGUGAACUGGUUUGCCAGCAAGCCGAUGGCUACAUUGCCCUGUUCACUAUAAUCUCCUCGUGCAUGUGCGACGCCGAAUAAAAAGUCAAAACUUUCUACAGUUAACUACAGUUGUUAUACAAUAUCGAGGAGCGUCGUAACUUCGGCUACGUACUUCAACAUCACUGUUUAGGGCUGGCAUUGCCUAAAUAGCCUACCUCUGGAGCUGCAAGGACAUGUCCGAGUCGAACUGGGUGACCGAUGAGAUUCUGGAGAUGUCUCUUCCUGCUGCCAUUCAUGACACAGACUCAGAUCUUGUUGAACAGAAAGAUGGACAGACAGACAAGAAAAAACUGAAAUGGUCACCAGAGGAGGACGAGACCCUUAAAAUGCUGGUUCAGGAAUUUGGUCUAAACGACUGGAAGCGCAUAUGUGCCUUUUUGCCUGGGCGCACAGAGUUCAAUAUUAUUCAUCGCUGGAAGAGAACGCUAGACCCGGAGCUCGUCAAAGGUUGCUGGACAAAAGAAGAGGAUGUAUUGUUGACGAGUUUGGUGCAGAAACAUGGGAUUAAGCAGUGGGCGAAAGUUGCCAAACACUUAAAAGGGCGCCAUGGCAAGCAGUGCCGUGAGCGCUGGCACAAUCACCUGGACCCUGUGGUCAAGAAGAGUAGCUGGACUCCAGAGGAGGACCUGGUCAUCUUCAAAGCACACCGCGUCAUGGGGAACCGCUGGGCGGAGAUUUCCAAACUUCUUCCUGGCAGGACAGACAAUGCCAUUAAGAAUCACUGGAAUUCUACUGUUAAGAGGAAGGCAGAGCUGGGUUACUAUGCUGGCCAUGUCAACAACGACCCGCUGAGGCCUCUGUCAAACGGAGAUAUUCAGUUCCAGAGUGAUGUCGUUCUUGAUGCGGAACCAGCACCUGAUGAAGACGAUGAAUAUAAUGAGAGCCCUUUGCAGAUUGUCGAGCCAGAGCCAGAGCCAGAGCCACUGCCACAGACCAUGUUGUUUAAAUUGAUCAAGAAUCCAAAAUUGAAAGUCCUCAAAAGUAAACUCAAGCCGAGUCCUUCUCCACAUGCACUAAUGAAUGAUAGCAGAAGCAGCAGCAGCAGCAGCCCCUCAAAUGCUAGCAACAAACAGCAGCCAGUACAACAGAAUCACCUCACAAAAGAUGCCACAAAACCCAGGAAAGACAUCACGGAGGACAUGCUUCAGAUGAUUGCUACAGACAUGCUCCCCAUGAACUUCGUGGAGGGCUCCGGGUUUCGCACCUUUAUGACUGCAGUGGCACCGCAGUACACCCGGCCUUCCAUGCGCGCUGUGGGCCUGAAGCUUUACGACAGCGUGGAGAAGGUCAUCAAGCCAUCCCUCAUCCGCAAGCUGAAGGGCUGCCUCAAGGGUGCUGCAGAGCCUGCCGUCAUCCACACCACUGUGGACCUGUGGGCCUGCCAAGGCAUGGACCGCAGUGCCGUCAUGCAGCUGCACUUCGUGGACGAAGACUGGAACGUUCAGCGCCCCCUGGUGGCCUUCCGACAGCUGAAGCCCAAAAACCUGGCGGCGGCGUUGGCAUGGGAACUGGAAGCCGUGCUCCUGAGCUACGGGCUCUUCCCUGAGAACCUCGGCUACAUCCUGCUGAACAGAGCUCGGAGUACUCUGUCCAUGGGGGACCUGUUCUGCAACUACAAGAUAAUGUGCUGCCCCCAGAGGAACGACCCCGAGGAAGAGGAGCUGGUGUACUAUCUAGACAACAUGCCCACCGCCAACAACUUCUUCGAAGUCCCCCAUGGCACCAUGUGGAGCUGCGUGGCCACCCAGCUGCACUCGGUCGUCAAGGAGGCGCUCAAGAACUCGCGGGUAGUGGAGAACCUGCUGGCGCAGGUGCAGAACGUGGUGGCGUUUUUCCGCGGCAACUCCUACUGGAACGAGGUUCUGGGUGCCGAGUGCGGACUCUCUCUCGCCACGCCCAACAGCCUCGCGAACUUCCGGUGGAACUCUGUGUUCGUGGCCAUCCGGAGGAUGGCGCAGGAGAGUGCCUGGGACACGGUGAUUUCCGUGAUGAGCCAGGCGCGGGUGGAGGCCAAGGACUCCUCCACCACCCCUCCUGUGCUGCGGGCCAGGAGAGAGCAGGUGGUGGACAUCGUCGGCCUGCUGGAGCCCUUUGAGGAGGCCAUCCAGGUGCUUCAAGGAGACGGAGUGACCUUCUCGCUCAUCAUCCCCUCGCUCAUCGGCCUCGACAAGACCCUGGACACCAGGCCCACCAAUUACAGUCACUUUUGCAAAGAGCUACGCUCUGGAUUGCACUCACAGUUCCAGAGCCUGGUGAAGCAAAAAGAGCUGGUCCUGGCUACGGUUCUGGAUCCUCGUAUCAAGCUCCAGCCCUUUGAAGACGCGAAAGCGGAAGACGGCGGGGAUGCGAACCUAACUGCACCCAGUAAAGCUGAAGUCAGGAGGCUAGUGGCUGCAGAAGUUGGUGAAGAUGAUGUCAUCCGUGCCAGGAUCAGGCCGGUCGUGAAACAAGAGGAGGACGAGGAGGAGGACUCGUUCUCCAGCCCAGAGAGUGGUACCAUCAAGCGCAAGAAGAUCUUCAGUUUUUUCCAGCAACCUGCUAAAGCCCAGACAGGGUCCGAGGUUGACAUGUACCUCUCGGACACCUUGCUGGACGGGGAUGAAUCUCCUCUGACCUACUGGAGAGAGACUUACAGUUUCCCCCAACUCCGAAAUAUCGCUCGUAAAUAUCUGGCCAUCCCGGCAACCUCCGGGGGGUUCGAUCGCCUGUUUCCCAUGGCCUCCUGUAUGGUGCGAGCCAGGAGAAACAGGCAGCAGCCCCAGACUACUGAAAGGCUGCUCCUGUAUCGGGAUUGCCUCCGUCGAGAGGGGAGAGUAGCAUCACAAGACGUGACGACAAAAGAAAUAUCUCAAGACGAUGAAAUGUGAAUUUUGUCAUUUGAAUCAACCAUGAUUGCAGGAUUGUAGCUACAUCAGCUGUUUUUGUUCCUUUUUCAUACUUGGAAAAGAAAUGUUUCACACUCAUGCUCCUCAUCAUGCUGCAGUUAUAUUUUUCUUUUUAGUUUUAAAUGUUGAAUAAUGAAUCCUCAAUUCCAUUUAUUAAUCCUGCUGAAAUAACUAUGUUUGUCUUAUUUUAAGUGUUUUAUGACUACCUCAAGCAAACCUGAUUGCCAAGUGACCACGUGCUCCUGGAGAACAUAAGACAAAGGACCAAUCAUUCAAAAUGCAAAUACUGUAUUUACUCAUUCUUAAAAUGACUGUGGCCAAUAAUUGUAUGGCAUUAUGUCGACGCUGUAUAGAAUGCUAACUUUUGAUUUAGAAACUCAUUGACAUAUUAUUUUUAUAUUUUGUACAUUUUCUCAAUGCUUUUCCUUAACGAGUCCAGUUUGGCGGAAUAAAAUGUCUUCAUUUA